AUGAGUUCUUCAUCAUCUUCGCGCAAGUCGCGCAGAACGACUAGCAUCUCCAAUGUCAUGUAUACCAACGCCGUCUACUUCCCCAACGAAAGGAUAUACCAGGGCGACACGCCGGGGGCCAUGAAUUAUGGCUGUAUCAACCAUGUGUAUUACGCCUUUGCAAAUAUCUCGCCAGACGGAGGUGUUUUUCUGAGCGACGAGUGGGCCGAUGCCCGCGCACCAGUCGAUGGCGUACAGGGUGGCCUAGGGUCCCUCAUGCACCUCAAGCAGAAGCAUCCGCACCUGCAAGUUAUUCUGUCCAUCGGGGGUGGCAAUUCCAGCGCCGUGUUCCCCGUGAUAGCUGCGAAUACAUUGUACAGAGACAACUUUGCCCGGUCUGCGAGAGGCCUGGUCGACGCUUCAGGGUUGGAUGGCAUUGAUAUUAUGUGGGAGUAUCCUUCUGAUUCCCAGCAAGGCCACCAUUUCCUCGCUCUGCUGGCAGCCGUUCGCCUUCAUAUGCCCGAAAGCCAUUAUCUCCUCACUGCUGCGCUACCCGCCAGCCGAGCUAUCUUGCAAUACAUCGAUCUGCAACGAACAGCCGAUUACGUCGACUACCUUAAUCUUAUGGCGUACGACUUUGCCGGCACAUGGACACACAGAAGCGGCCACCACGCGCAAUUGUAUGCGAUGAGCAAGGACGAACUUUCGGGCGCAUCGACUGUGCAGUAUCUGGUUUCGCAAGGCUUUCCCUCGCAAAAGGUUCUUCUCGGCAUUCCCCUUUACGGUCGUAGCUUCCUUCACGCCACUGGGCCAGGACAGAAGUUCAAAGGAGGUGGCGGGAGCAAUGGGACUUUCGAGUACAAUCAGCUUCCCCGUCGCGGAACGAAGGAAGUCAUUGACAAGAAGUCUAUCGGAGCUCAAUGCGUCGGAGGGGAUGGCGGCUUCGUAACGUACGACAACCCCGACACGGUGAAGAUGAAGGCUGCAUUUUGCAAACAGAAGAGCUUGGGAGGAUUGUUCUACUGGAGCGGACCAGCAGACGCAAAGGAGAGCUCGCGAAGUCUGAUAGCCACCGGAUUCAGAGCUCUGCAUAGUUCCUGA